AUGCCAUUCUCGCGCUCUGCCACCAGCGCGGUCGCUGCUGCGCCGUCGCUAUUCCGCUUCGCCACCUCUACGUCACUCUCGGCCUCGAGAAGCUCUCCCCAAUGCUUCCGCUCCAUGUCAUCUGCCAGACAGACUCGCCAUCUGCAGACUGCAAGCGCAUACCAGCCCCACCAUCUGCAGCCUCCGCUCGCACCUCCGAGGGGCUCUGGCAUUCCCGAUACCUCCAUUGCUGGCGGCAAGCCCGAGGUCCACGAGACACGCCCCCCGCGGCUGACCGAGCAGCGCGGGAGUCGCAUCGCCGCCACCAGCGACAAGAAGAGCAGCAUCAGCGUGACAGAGACUGAGGCCCAGAAGCCGAAGCCUGCAUUCAACGCUGCACCUGCGCCGUCCCAGGCACCCUCCACGAGACCAAGCCGGUUCAAGUUCAAGCCCAAGAAGGCCGCCAUGACCCUCACACCCGCCGCCGUCUCCGCGCUACGUGAGCUUCUGGACUCUCCUGAGCCCAAGUUGAUUCGGGUUGGAACCAAGAGCAAGGGCUGCUCCGGCCUGGCAUACCACCUCGAAUACGUCGACAAGCCUGGCAAGUUUGAUGAUGCCGUUGAGCAGGACGGCGUCAAGGUCUUGAUCGACUCCAAGGCUCUUAUCCACAUCCUCGGCAGCGAGAUGGACUGGGUUGAGGAUAAGCUCACCAGGAGAUUCGUUUUCAAGAACCCCAACAUCACGGAGCAAUGCGGAUGCGGCGAGUCCUUCAGCAUCAGUUAA